CAACCCGAAUAUUACAUGUCCUGUUUAACAAAACGUUGAUUAUCUUCCGGUGCUAGUAAUAAAGAGAAAGAUCAUGUUUUACCAUGUCUCAUUAGAACAUGAAAUUCUUCUUCACCCAAGAUAUUUUGGACCAAAUUUACUCAAUAUCGUGAAACAGAAACUGUUCACUGAGGUUGAGGGAACAUGCACUGGAAAAUAUGGAUUUGUGAUAGCAGUUACAACUAUUGAUAAUAUAGGAGCAGGAACAAUACAACCCAGUCGAGGCUUCGUGGUCUAUCCAGUAAAAUAUAAAGCCAUUGUGUUCAGACCAUUCAAAGGCGAAGUUCUUGAUGCUGUUGUCACUCAGGUGAACAAGGUUGGAUUAUUUACAGAAAUAGGACCCUUAUCAUGUUUUGUAUCAAGACACUCAAUACCUGCCAACAUGGAGUUUGAUCCCAAUUCCAACCCACCCUGCUACAAGAACAAAGAAGAGGAUGAAGUAAUUCAACAAGAUGAUGAAAUCAGACUCAAAAUAGUGGGAACAAGGGUUGAUGCAAAAGAUAUUUUCGCAAUUGGAACUUUAAUGGAUGAUUAUUUAGGUUAGUAUUGGAUACCAGUAUUUAGAUGCAGACAGUUCAGCUUGAGAAAUUCCAAAGGCAUCUUUUUACAAUACAUGUAUUCAACAGAUUCUGAUACAUGUACAUAUCAUUAACUUAAAUAUCUGGUCUGGUGAUCUAAUUUACGAGAUCAUAGAUAUUAAUUGAUGUGUUGUAGUGUUAAAUCAUUAAUUAUGCCACCAUAAAAAAACGGGGUCUGUUGGUUUGCACCUGUUGGUCUGUUGUCCACUCAAUAUUUUAAGAACCCUUUGCUUGACAGACAUCAAAUUUGUUAUCUUGGUUUCCCCUAAAGAGUAGAUGACCCCUAUAGAUAAUCAGGGUCGGACUACUCUGGAGAGGAAAAGAUAUUGUCCGCUCAAUAUCUUGAGAACCCUUUGCUUGACAGACAUCAAACUCGGUAUACUGGUCCCUUCUGAGAAAGAGAUGUCCCUUAUUGAUUUUGAGGUCACAAGGUCAAAGGUCAAUCUACUCUGGACAUAAGCAGAUAUUGUCAACUUCAGAUGUUGAGAACUUGAAACUUGGACCACUGGUAUCCCCAUUUUUAUGCCCCCAGAAUCAAAGAUUCAGGACCUGUCUGUGGCAAAAACUUUAACCUUGGUAAUAUCUUUUAUACCAUUUGAGGUAUAGCUUUCAUAUUUUGUAUGUGUAUUCCUUGUGUCAAGACCUUUCCAUUGACACCAAAAUCUUUGACCUGGUGACCUUAACAUUAACCUUUGACCUACUUGUUGGAAAUUUGAAUAUAAGCCAUACCUUUCAAAUUGUGAAGAGGUACUGCUUUUAUAUUAAGCACGUGCAUUUCUUGUGAGAAGACCUUUCCAACGAUACUAGAUUUGUUGACUUUGUGACCUUAACAGUGACCUAGUUUUUGGAAAAAUACAAUGUCUUACAGUUUCACUUUGUUGUAAUCCAGGGGCAUCAGUGUUUCUUAAACACAUCUUAUUAUAUCCCCCGCAACAAGUUGUGGGGGGGUAUACUGGAAUCAGGUUGUCCGUCUGUCUGUCCGUCCGUCCAUCCGUCUGUAGACGCAGUGGUUUCCGGUCUCUAAAGCAUUAUCCUUUCCACCUACCGUCACCAAAUCAUAUAUAUGGACUACCCAUGGGAUGAAGAUGUUCUCUAUUGAUUUUGGGGUCAAAAGGUCAAAGGUCAAGCGCACUGGACAUCGAAGUAGCAAUAUGGUUUCCAGGCUCUAAAGCGUUAUCCUUUCCACCUACAGUCACCAUAUCAUACAUAUGGACUACCCAUGGGAUGAAGAUGUUCCCUAUCGAUUUUGGGGUCAAAAGGUCAAAGGUCAUGCACACUGGACAUCGAAGUAGCAAUAUGGUUUCCGGGCUCUAAAGCAUUAUCCUUUCCACCUACAGUCACCAUAUCAUACAUAUGGACUACCCAUGGGAUGAAGAUGUUCCCUAUCGAUUUUGGGGUCAAAAGGUCAAAGGUCACGCGCACUGGACAUCGAAGUAGCAAUAUGGUUCGGUUUGUCAUGCCAUUUGUUUUUUACACUCAGAAAAGAGGUAGUUUAUACCUAUUACCAACACCCUUUGGGAGAUUGGGGUAAGCGGGGGGGGGGGGGGGGGGGGGGUAUUCUUAGUGAGCAUUGCUCACAGUACCUCUUGUUUUUAAUAUCUUUUGAUUAUAGACAAUUAAAUUUGAACUUUUUCAAUAUUCCCACUUGGUGGCAUAUAUGUUAUAUUAGAUAUAUCUUGUUUUUAUUCUUUUGUGGUAUGUAUAUACCCAAGAAAUUAAGUCUUCCAUGAAAAUCUCAACAGCUUUAUACCUUUUCACCCAUGAAAUUAUUACCGGUACAUGUUUAUUUUUCUCAAAAUAUGAAAAUUUUACCCCCCAAAAAUUACAUGAUAUUGCAGUAUUUUGAAUAUGGUACUCAAUACAACACUUUCAGCAUAACUUUAUGGCCAUUGAUCAGACAAAUUUCUCAAAUAUAACUUUUAUUUGUUAAAUCAGAUUUUGAUACAAUUCUUAGAUAAGAUUAUAGUGUGUUUUGCUACUUAUAAUUAUUGUGGCUUAAUAGUGUAUAUAUGAUAAUAACCAACAAAGACAAGUACACAUCUUGAUGAUAGGUUUUUUUCUUCUGUUUUCAGGUCUUUGAUUUUGUCCAAGAAGAUAAGAGUACACAACACAAUCAUGAUCAUUGUAAAUAGGAAUCACUCAUUAAACUUUUUUUUAUCUUUA